AAGAGGUGCUGACGCAGGGUUGUUGCUGACAACGGUCUACGUUGACUUCAGACGCCACAAAGUGAAUCGGUUGUAACAGAGCAGCUGCAUUAUUACGCUUGCGUGUGUAUGUUUGAGUGAGCUGAACAAGGACAUCGCUGUGCAGCCUGUGUGUAUGUGAGAGCGCACGUGUGUGCGAUGUCUUCAGAACUGCUGGUAGAUGUGGGCGACGACUCUGCAACGGCGCAGCUAGGCCAGCUGAAGCUGACUACCAUAGAGGACCAGCAGUGGCCCGCUGAUGAGUCUUUCCUCAGCAAGUCAGAGACAGAUGUUUCCCAGCAGUUUGACGCCAGCUCUCCACACCUGCCCUGGGACCACCCUUUCUAUGACAUUGCCAGACAUCAGAUCAUCGAAGUGGCCGGUGAUGACAACUUUGGCAGGAAGGUGAUCGUGUUUAACGCCUGCAGGAUGCCUCCGCAGCACCAGCUGGACCAUCAUAAGCUGCUGAUUUGCAGGUACAAGAAGAACAUCAAGGCCCUGUACAUCGUCCAUCCCACCAUGUUCAUCAAGACUCUGCUGAUCCUCUUCAAACCGAUUAUAAGCUUUAAGUUUGGCAGGAAGAUCAACUACGUGAGCUAUCUGAGCGAGCUGGAGGACGUGGUCAAGUGCGAUCAGCUGGUCAUUCCUUCCCGCGUCAGAGAGUAUGACAACAAAUUAAGAGCAUCUCUGAAAGCCACCACGCAGCCCCCCAUGUCUCCUCCUCACAGCCCUCCCCUCCCCAGCCAGGUGUUUGGUGUGCCACUGACGCUGCUCAGACAGAGGGAUCCAGAUGGCGAUCCAGUUCCUGUGGUGAUGAGAGACACCGUCGGCUUCCUCUCAGAGCAAGGCUUGGAGAUUGAGGGCAUCUUCAGACGAUCUGCCAACGUGACUCUGGUGAAGGAGGUCCAGCUCAGGUACAACUCAGGUGCGACAGUGAACUUCAGAGAGAUGGAGGAUGUGCACCUGGCUGCUGUCAUCCUGAAAACAUUCCUGAGGGAACUCCCCGAGCCUCUGCUCACCUAUCAGCUCUACAACGACAUCGUCAACUUUGCCUCUGUGUCCAGUGAGAGUCAGGUGACAGUAAUGAAGACGCUGGUAGAGUCGCUGCCAGAGGAAAACUACGCGUCGCUGCGAUACCUCAUCACGUUUCUGGCACAGGUGUCAGCCAACAGUGAGGUGAAUAAGAUGACCAACAGUAACCUGGCUGUGGUCUUCGGUCCCAAUCUGCUCUGGGGGCGGGACAACGCCAUGUCGCUCAGCGCCAUUGGACCAAUCAAUAACUUCACGAGAACCCUGCUGGACCAGCAGCAUCUGGUGUUCGCCUAACGUCCCGCCCUCUGCUCCGAGCUCUUUCUGCCAAUGUGAAACGCCGCCGAGACCCUCCUUCCCCUGCAGCAUUUAGCCGUUAGCUUACCUUAGGAGCAUCAUCAAAGUACUCAGACAGGCCGACUGUCUCUUACACGCCGCGCACAUCUAAAAAGAUUCAGUGGACCAAGUUAUUCGUGUGUCACCAGUCGUUCUGAGCGUCCUGUUAUCAUGUCUGCCAACUUCUCUCUUUGACUCCAAGCAUGAAAACAAGUGGAAACAGCACACGUGUUAGAGCUCAGGCAAAGAAUAAUAAUGUUAGCAAAAAAUAACAAAACACUACGAAAUGCAAGCGCGAGUAAACAAGAAAGAUCCCCAGUUUUGUUCCAGCGUUAAAUUAGAGGCAUGAAACGCCGCGGCCCUGAUACCACCUGCGUGAGUGGGCACGCUGUCGCCACACCCACUCAGGAAUCUACCAGGAUCCACUUUGUGUUCUUAAAGUCGUGAUAACUCUCGACAUCACUUUGCAUCAUGAAAUCCCACAAACACGUCAUGACGUGCACGUUUCCCUUCCUUUAAAUCAGCGCAGUGCUUCCUACAGUCUCCACGAGCACAACGUGAAUCUGACGUGACGUGAAGUCGUUUCACGCCGUAUCAGGCCAGCUCGCUAUAAAGAGCUGUAACACUGGGGGAGGGGCAUAAAAGCUCUCAUAAAUCUGAAAUCACUACAUGUGUGAACGCAGGGUUAGUCAUUCGCUGCCACGUGCUUCUCCACCACCCGAACUGCUCCGUCCAUGCCUCCGUCACUCCCUGCAUGUGUUCAUAUCUGUAUUCAGCUGCUUCCACACAGCGGCUGGUUUGCAUCUUUUCUCUGUCAGUAGCAGCUGGUCGUGUUGUUUUCUACGUAGUGCCAAAAAGGCGUUUCCCCCGUGUUACCAAACCUUCUUUAGAUUCUGAUUCUGUACUAAAGAGAGGGCUGAUGAGGAGAGUGGAGGCGCGACUCAGGUUAACGUCAGAAUGGUGAACUUUGUGGACAAUCGAUGAAAUGCUGUACUUGGAGUGGCAGAAACCACCCACAGCUGUGCACGUGGAGUCUUUCUCUUCCUUUAUAUGAC